CAUAUAUAUAUAUAUACACACGAAGUGUUUUCUUUCUUAUUUAUUAUCUUCAGCUUCAUUUCUUUCGAUUUAGGAUCGAUAGAUCAAUCGAACGAUCGAUUGAAAUAGUCUCCUCUCAUAGUCGUAUUAUUUUCGCACGAUUAAUCGAGUGAAAGUUUUCAAGUACCAUAAAAAGAAAAAGGAUUUGAAAGAGAAGAAAAAGAUGGUGCAGUAUCGUUUCCGUGCACUCCUCCCUGUCGAUGAGUUUAAUAGUUUGUUGUGCGACGAGUGGGGAUUCGUGUGUUUGAUUAAGGAUCAAUGAGAAAAAAACAUCAAAAAGAAAGGAAGAAAGGAAGGAAGGAAAAAGAUUCUCAAAUAUCAAGGAAAAGGAUAGUGAUCAAGUUAUAAAAAAAAAAAAAAACAAGUUAGAAAAACCAAAAAGAUGUCAUCAAGUGGCGAAUUUUCAACAUUGUCAAGCGGUGAGGCAACCGGUACAGGUGACGAUUCCUUGCCAAGUUCGCGUGAAGCAACCGCCGAAGUUGCCGGUUCUACGGCUGGUUUCAUACCAUUGCGAGAUUUCCUCGACAGAUUUUCAUUACCGAGAGUUGUCAGAGUUGAAGGUGCAGGUGGUCGUCCUAUUUUACUUUACAAACAACAACAAAGAUCACUUAGAGUUACGGCAACAUUGCUGAUGCAUCGUUAUCGUCACGAUGUCAAAGUUGGACCAGAAAUCGUCAUACCUGAAGGAUACCCUGGAUGGUUUUCGGUCGUGUCAAACAACAGCGGUACCGGAAGUGCACGAGUAUACAGAAGGGUCGGUGCUUUGGUACGAGCCGGUGUGCCGGCUUUUCUACUAGCAAAGCCUUUAAGGGCUUACACACUAACACAUUCCAAGAUGGAAAAUGGAAAUUUACGUGCACAUUACACGAAGACAACCGUAAGGGCUGGUGAGGUAUUACGUUUGACCGCUGUUUUUCAAGACACAAGACGAGCACCAGUUUCCAACAGUGGCAUAUCCGGUGUGAUAGCUGGCAUUCCGGAUGGUAAAAGUUCAAGAUCAUCUGAAAGAGAUCAGUACGCCCAAUGUUUAGAUUCACACGGACACGAGUUAUUUGCACAGCUCUCAGCAAGGGGAGAAUUUUAUGCCACCUGUCAAGGUGGUACACUUGAUACUGGAAGUGACGCGGUACUUUAUAGAGUUCAUCAAUUAGCCAGAAGAGACCUACCACUUAGGGUACGUUUAGUAGCUGGGCCUUUACCAAUACCAUUACCACGAGAUUAUAGUGGACUGAUGCAAUUAGAAGGUGCAACUAAGGGACCAAUAGUACUGGGAUGUGCAGUACCUUUGAUGCCUGAACGACCAUUGCCAAAUACAACGGUACCAGAAUUGCUGGAACUCGUAGCUACAGGUCCAACUGCACCAAGGGUUAAAAGGGCACGAUUGGGGUGUCCAUCAGAAGCUAGGCUAUUGGCUUCACCAAAAAUGCAACGAUUGUUAUCAGCAUGCAGAAGAGCAUUGGAUCAAAGAGCAACGGAACCUAGGGUGGCACCACCUAAACCUUGCAUUAACGGCGGCCAAUUGAAAGAAUUACACUUGAAAGAAAUCAAAUCUAAACCUGAACCCAAACCAAUACUACAAAGUCUCAAAGAAGGUUUAGAAAAUAUCAAAAGAAGUACGAUACGUGAUCGUAGCAAUGGUAGAAAUGUUACUAACACCAGUGGUAACACCAACAAUCACAGUUUCCUCGACAAAAUCUCUAGGAUAGCCCAAGGCGGUAGAAGCCGUAAUCCAGCAAAAAAAUCAGCGUCCUUCACCUUUGCCGUGAGACCGGAAAUUGGUAUGAGAUCGCCGGAAAGAUACGCGAGUCUCGAGUCGGAAACGAACCUCACGCAUGCGUCCUCAGGUGGUGGUGGAUCUUCUUCUUCUAGACACCAGGUUCAAAGAUCAAUCUCAACUAGUGUGUUAGAAGUUCAGUCACAGACCGAUGCCGAUCCUCCUUAUUCCAAGGUUAGGGAUAGUUUAACCCCAUUACCACCACCAACACCACCACCUAGGACUGAAGACAUUUAUGCUGAAAUCUGUGAACCACCUGAUAGGAAGAUUAUUGGGGAUUUAACGAAAGAAGAAAAACCACCACCACCUCCCCCGAUAAGUAAACAUCAGUCACAGGUUGGUGGUAGUGGGAAUGGUAGUGGUAGUGGCAGUGGUACUAGGGAAAAAGAUAGAGGUUAUGUUAAAUUAGCACCAACAAGGUCUGAACGUUCAGAUGUUUCAACGAAUACAAUUAACGUAGAAGAAGAAGGAAUUUACAACACUGUUUGUUGAUGUAAUACUAAUUUUAUGUAACAUUUUCUUUUAUAUAUAUAUUUUUUUUAAAAAGAAUAUUAGGAGAAAAAGUAAAUGAGUGAGUUGAAUAAUCGAAGAUUGGGCCCAGAACACAGAGAACUCCCUAAAAUGAUGGAAGAAAUUAAUAAUGAGAUUGGAUGAUCGAUGAAAGAUGGUUGCUAGAAACGUGGACAUAUCCUGGACUAGAGAGAGAUAGAGAUACAUGGUCCGAGAUGAGAGAACAGGAAAGAUUUGCAAGGCCGUUGACCGAAGAAAAUCAUCCUGUAAUUACAGACUCGCGGACGAGCAACGGAUAUAGCGGUUUUCUCCGAAGAUGGCUUUCGCAAUCUGGCUUCCGGUAUUACGGCGAUACUGUCGUCGUCAUUCGUAGAGAGAGAGAGAGAGAGAGA